AUGGCGACGCUUGUGAACAGAAACAAUAAGGCUCGGAGCAGUGAUAGCCUCACUGCCGAGACGUCGAUUCUCCACGAAGCUGGGGAUGGGAACGACACCGAGGUUGAUCUUGAUGGAGUGGACGUCAUGGAGACUCUUGUUUUGAACAAGGUGGACCGGUUCUUAUCGACAUUUGAAACAAAACUUUCCUCGAUGGAGAAAUACUUAGCACAGUCUGCAUCCGGUGUGGAAUCGACCGCCUCCAGUACAGCUGCUACGCUCAAAUCAUACACUCCAACCUACUCUAAAUUGGUUGACACGCUUUCUUCUGUGAAGGGGUUUCUCUACAAAAACCAGCAGCAGAACCUGCACCCUUUGAAGAAAAUUAUUGACGAUUACUACGACCAAGAGGAGGAAGAGCUGGAGGAGAAGAGAAACGAGGAAAAGCUUCCUGGCGAAGUGGUCGAACAAAAGCAUCAGACAAGACAGCGCUUAAUCCAGACCAUCCAGCUUCUCAACGCCCGUCUGGCCGAUUUCGAGCACCACCACAACUUGCCUCCCCUUGCAACCCACCCAAGCGAAAGAUUAAUCGCCUUGAAGGAGACUCUUUACAACUAUGACACUGCAAUGACGGUUUCCUCCCACAGACACUUAACCUUUUACGAGCUGCCAUUCCAGUGGAGAGAAAACAGAUACAUUAUCUAUGGAUACAGAUUUGCCAAAUCGCACGUUACAGCCAUGCUGAGUGCCUUUUCUUGGCAUAAUGAAACCGUCAACAUUUGGACGCACCUCCUGGGCACAUUUUACCUACUCUACCUUGCCUUUUACGAUUUCCCAAGCUCUGAACAUUAUUUUAAAUACACCACCUCUGCCAAUGACCAUGCCAUAGUUUACCUGUUUAUUGCCUCUGCUAUCACUUGCUUAAUGUUUUCUGUUAUAUGGCAUAGUUAUACCAACAUCGGCUUCUUAUCUUUGCGUUCCAAAUUCGCUUGCUUCGAUUACAGUGGUAUUACAGUCUUGAUCACCUCAUCGAUCAUCACGACUGAGCAUAUCUCACUGAAGGAUUAUCCAAACUUGAGAUUUGCUUUUGUUGCAUUUUCGUCCCUUGCAGGUUUGGUCGGCAUCGGCAUGGCAUGGCACCCAUAUUUUGACAGACCAGAAUCCAGGAUUAUCAGAAUUUUAUUCUUUGUCUCCUUGUCCUUCCUUGGUGUUGUUUCCUUCAUGUGCUCCUGUCUUGUCCAUAACUUCAAGUUCGCAUUAAACCUAUUCUCACCCUUGUACAUCUCCUUUGUCUGGUAUCUUUCAGGGGUGGUAUUUUAUGGUUCCUUUUUCCCUGAGUGCAUUAGAUCUGACGUUGAAAUUGAUGAUUUUCAAAUUUCAGACGACACAAUCAUGGAACUGGACAAACGAGGCACACUUUUGGAGUACCUUCGCAAAAAGCCAGCACAUACCUGCAAUCACGGUUUUACCUCUCUGUGGUGGGUUGAUUGGAUAGGUAACUCCCAUAACCUUUGGCAUUUGUUUGUUAUUGGUGGAAUUUUGGGGCAUUACAGUGCGUUGCUAGAGAUGUUCAAGCGUGCCACAGAAUUCGCAUAA